AUGACUGACGUGGAGAUGGAAUCAGUCGGUACAUGCGAGUACGACCUGGACGACAUGGACUUGGAGGGGCCACUGGCGAGGAUGGCAACAUCUACAGUAGGACAAAUGCCUCGCAUUAAACUUGCAGCGAAACCGGACCUCAAGCGUUUUCACGGAAGAAAUCAAGACGAGGACCGAGCACGCAGUUAUGUGACCACUAUGAUAACCUCAAGACGAGGACCGAGCACGCAGUUAGGUGACCACGGUGAAAACCUCAAGAGGAAGACCGAGCACGCAGUUGGGUGA